GAAGUUUUUGUUCAUCAGCGACUCUGUCAUGCCAUCGUUCUCCAGGAUCUGACAGUUUCAUACCCAUUUGUGUUAAUUUAAUACUAUAACCUAAAAUAAGUAAAUAUUCAAAUUUGUCAGCUUGCAACCCCGUAGAAAAAAAAUAUUUAUUGUAUAAAUCGAUAUCCAAUUUGUGGGAUUUAUUGUAAUAAAAUUGAAUGCACUAAGUUAGGUGACUAACGAAUGGAUGAUUGCAAAGAAUGUCUGAAGUUAUCGAUGAUAAGGUUGUUGCGGGUGCAAAAAUUCCGGCUGCUGUCAAAGAAGACCCCAUUGUCGUUUUGACAGAACGAGUCAAAUCUCUUUACCUAUUUCGUGACCACUACUUUGUCAAUCACUCGAUUGACAAUGCAAUUAAAAAGAGUAGUGAUGUAGAAAAAGAGAUGCGAAACACUCUAAAUAAAUUUGACGAGUACAAAGGUUACGAGAUCGAUGGAGCGCGUGCCAAGUACUAUUAUCUCAAGGGGAGAACCUUUAAUGUCGUAGAUCGUUACGUACCUCAGGCAGAAGAAUUUCUCUGUAAGGCAGUAAAACUUGAACCAAAUUUGGUCGAUGCUUGGAACGAGCUUGGUGAAUGCUAUUGGAAGAACGACGACAUUCAGCAAGCGAAAAACUGUUUCGUUGGUGCCUUGCCCCAUGGGAAGAAUAAGGUAUCUCUCCGUAACUUGUCAAUGGUUCUUAGACAAGAGCCAGCCAGCAAUCAUGAGCAAAAAAUUAAUAACGUGCAGCAGGGGCUGGAGUAUGCUAAAGAAGCUGUUGCUCUGGAUACCUCGGAUGGAACAUCAUGGGCUAUAUUAGGAAAUGCUCACUUGUCUUCGUUUUUUACUAUCACACAAAAUCCAAAAACUCUUCGACAAUGUAUGUCAGCUUAUUCUCAGGCUGAAAAGGAUAUUGUAGCAAAAAGCAAUCCAGAUUUAUUUUACAACAAAGCAAUCGCUUUAAAAUAUGAGGAAGAGUAUAAACUGGCAUUAGAGUCGUUUGAACAAGCAAUGCUAUUAGAUCCAACAUGGGAAACACCGCGAAACAAGCAGCAACAAUUCUUGAAGUAUCUGAAAGAUUUACAAGAUUUGACCAACACCAAAGGAAGAUUAAAGGCCAAGAAACUUCAUCAGAUGUUACAGGGACUAGAUACGAAACACUUAGGACCAUACAAGGGUGGUUCGUACACCCUAGGAGACAAAUCCGUGAAAUUAGAUCUACUUCCCCUGUCAGAUCUAUCUCCGGGUAUAAACGUGGAAAAAGUUACUUAUGGGAAAGUGGUGUGUUGGAUCCAAGACCCAGAUUGUGUACCUUUUACAUUCUGCUUGAUGGAUGCUGACAAAACCUGCGUUGCAGUCACUGUGUAUAAUUGGGCAAAAGGACGAGGUGUUACCGUAGGAGACACAGUCGUUAUUCCUGAACCGUUUUUGACUCACCAGCACUUCUCUUUCAAAGAUAACAAUUUUGACUUCAAGUCGAUACGAGUGGAAACUCCGGUUGUAUUGGUGGUCAACGGGAAAAAAUUAGGCCGUGAUCAACAAGCUAGCGCAAAAUUGUUAAUAUUUAAAAAGACGGAUUAAAGAUAUUUCACUGAAUAUAGGAAACACGAAUACUGGCGUUCGAUUUCCAUGGGAUUUCAUAAUCAUUCUUCGGUUCUAACACCAACACCUUUCAUCUCGAGAUAUUUUCAGUCAAGAGGUUUUUAAAAUACGAUUUUCUUAUGGCAUCAACAUAAGCGACUCAUUGAAUUCUCUAUUAACAGUAAUAUUACCACAUCGCUCUACGUUUAAGUAAUAAAAAAAUCAAUAAUAUUUUGCAUGUGGAGGCGGUAUCAUUAGUGACAAGCAUAUUCGAGCCUCCGGAAUGUAAUACUAACUUCGAUCGUCCCAGUGCCGAUUCUUUGAAAAAUAUUCUAUUCAUAAUUCUUAUGUAAAUACCGCCGUGAUUUGUAUGUUCAAUAAUAUGAAUUUACAUAAAACUGCACGUUGAUGAAAGACAAUCCUCAUUUUAUUGUUCUAACAUUUUGCUGAAAGCAUAUGUCUAUUCCAAUGAUAUACAUUGUUAAAAUUUUUAAUGUUUAUUCAUCUCUGUUGCGUUGUGUACCUAUUGUCGGGGCGGCCUUCCCCAGUGCAUGUUCUAUUGCAUUUACCUUUCUCAUUUGUUUACCGUUAAUAUCAUAAUUCCCGAAUCACGAUAUUAUUUGCCUUGAAUAAUGCGUCGGAAGAAUAUCGUUGAUAUAUGGCUAAUGCGUCUUUGAAUGCGUACGUUAUCAGAAUUCCGCGAGAUAAAAGUUGUUGGCGUCAGCGAAGGAAGGAAUAUUUAUUCCAGUUGUAAUGCUUGGUUACUAAUUAAUACUCAAUAAUGAUUUAGUAUUUUUUUUUUUUUUAUCGGCCCGCCUAUAAUAGCGUUGAUCCGUCAUCCUUUCGACUGUGAGUACCGCAUGCAGCAGAUGGUAGGAAUAUUUUAUAAUCAACGAGAAAUUUUUCAACACGCGGAUCGUAUAAUUAGGUUUAGAUAAAAUUCCAAUUUUCAUCGCAGUGAUUGUGCCGAUGAAGUUAUGUUUGUUAUAUUUCCGAUGGUAUUCACGCGUCAAUAAUAUUUAUAAUUCUUGUUUGAAGAAUAAAUAAUAAUUUCUCAACGGUUUGUUGAAAAUAAAUUUUACCCGAUAAGGACCUAGCACCAUCACGAAUUCGAAAGAACAUAAUAUAAAUUAUGAAUGCGUAUUCGAAAAGCAUGCAAACAAUAUAAAGACUUUAAUUCUUUAGAUAAAAUGUAUAAAAAUUGUAGGAUACAUGAGAAACAUUGAUUAGAACAGAUCUUGUUCUGAUUUAUAAAAUCUUGAUUUCAUUGAAUUUGUCAUUAAUUUUAUGAAUUCGGCUUGGUCAAAACGCCCUACGAACAAUGUUUGUGAUAUACUGAGAAAAAAAAAAAAAAGAAAAAAUGUUUGUAUAAAAUGUUUUGUAUUAACGAUUAUAAUAAUAAAUACUUAUUCGUAACAAUAAAA